AUGCAUAUCCUCGUGACCAACGACGACGGUCCUCCCUCAACGACAUCAUCCCCCUAUAUUCUCCCUUUCGUCAAAGCCCUCGAGGCAGCCGGCCACACCGUCUCAGUCAUCGUUCCCGAUUCCCAACGCAGCUGGAUAGGCAAAGCCCACAUCGUAGGACAGGACGUGCGAGCGACCUACUACUGGCCCCCCUCUCAAGUGCCACACGAACACGUGAAUGCGUCAACUUCGGAUGCCCGCAGCUCAUCAUCCUCUCACGACGAUGGCAGUCAUCCUUGGGUUCUCAUCAACGGCACCCCGGCAGGCUGUGCCCAGAUCGGACUCUCGCAUUUUUUCACGUCGGACCGCGGACCCAUCGACUUGGUGAUUUCGGGGCCCAACUACGGAAGAAAUACCUCGGCGGUGUUUGCGCUUUCGUCGGGGACGUUGGGCGCCGCAUUGGAAGCUUCUCAUUGCGGAUAUAAAGCCAUCGCGCUCUCCUUUGCAUUUACAGAUCGCCUCAAUGAUCCCGUGAUUGUCGCCGAGUCGUGCAGACAUAGUGUUCGUGUUGCCGAGUAUCUCUACCAGAAAGCGAGCUGGGGUCCGGCGCAAUUGUAUUCGGUGAAUGUGCCUGUGAAGAAGGGAUGUUCGGAGGCUCCCGUGCGAUGGACGAAGGUGUUGCAGAAUGAGUGGAAUCAAGGUGCGUGUUUUCAGGAACUGACUUCUGAUGAAGGUGUGGACGAUCCGGCUUCGGAGGAAGCGAAGUUGAGAAGUCAAGAAGCGGCGGGAGUAAGUGAAGAAAAUGUCAGCAAGGCGCCGGAGAGCAAAUGGAAGCACAGGCAUUUCAAGUGGGCUCCGAGAUUCGCGGAUGUCUAUGAGAGUGUGUUGAAGAGCGGGCCUGGCUCCGAUGGCUGGGCCGUGAAGGAGGGAGAGACCAGUAUCACUGCACUGCGAGCCAAUUUCAUGCAUGUCGAGGGCUUCGAGGGAGAGGUGAAGCUAUAG